UUGGCAGAGGUGAUUACGGUGUUGGUACGAGUAUGGGAAUGGGAAGAGGGGCUGGUGGUAUGGGAAUUGGAAGAGGGGGUGGUAUGGGAAUUGGAAGAGGGCCUUAUGGUUUUCUUGGGGGUAUGGGAAGAGGGGGUGGUGAUGAUGUAAGUGUAGGUCUAGGUCUAGGUCCUCCUGGGUUUGAGAACGCUCCUCACGAUGCUGCUGCUCGAGCACCGAUCGCCUUUGAUGCAUUUGCAAGUGGAAAGAAUUCAGGAGGAUCAGGAGGAUCAGGAGGUUCAGGAGGUUCAGGUGGAAAGUACAUUGCUGGUGGGGGUUACUCAGCAGGGGAUUCUGGUUCGUUCCACUAUAACAUUGGUGGUGGGGGUGGCGGUGUUUCAGCUGCUGUUUCGAACGGUCUCUCGACUGCUGCGGCACCUGUUCAGGUCGAGGAAGGUCCUGUUGGGAAGGUUGGAAUGGUGGCAGCUUCGUGUGUGAAGCUAGCUAAUCAACUUUCGUCUGAGGAGAUGCUAGACUCUACAACUGGAUCAUCAAAGAAAUCAGACGCCGCAGCCGCUCCACCGCAGCCGCCGUUCCACCAGAAAGUUGAGCCAGUGACAAAUGUUGAGCAAGUGACAAUUGUAGAUAAAGGAAAAGAGAAAGAAAAAGAGAACGAGCCAGCAAUUACUCCCGGGACUGGGCCCAAGAGAGUGACUAAGCCUGCGUUGUCUUCUGCUGUGUAUGAGUUGUCUACGAAUCCACAGAGAAUUACAGCGUUUGCAAACCGUGUCCUUGUAUUCAUCCGAUCUUGGCGGUCAUCAAGGAACAUCCCCACCUGCCCGGGACCAGAGAUGAUUAGCUGUGAUGGUGGGGUGGCUGAUCAAAGGGAUUGUUACCACACAUUGAUGGCGAGCCAAUGUGUGAGUUCCGGGUAUGUUCGGAUGGCGUCCUUUCUGUACACUAAGGUGUGGAGGGUGAAGGAGUUCGUUGGAAAGAGUGAAAGGGUAUUGCUGACUCCUGAUUUUGCCUUAAGGGUAUUGGAACCCAGAGACUCCAACUACAUCAUAGGCACCAAGUACGGCAAGGUUCUGAAAAACAUCUCGUUUAAUUCUCUAGCGACGGUAUGUUUUAUGGUUUAAUAUAUGUGUGGUUAAUUUU